AUGCCCCUCGAAGCCCGUGUCAAGGCCGUCCUGUCGGGCGACACCCUGCUCCUGUCGCAUGUCACCAACCGCAACCAGGAACGCACACUGAGCUUGGCGUACGUGUCGGCACCCCGGCUACGGAGGGAAGGUGAUGAACCAUUUGCCUUCGCGUCCCGUGAGUUCCUCCGUGAACUACUCGUCGGCAAGGUGAUCCAAUUCCAGGUUCUCUACACCAUCCCGACUGGAGUCAAGCGAGAAUAUGGAAUCGUUAAGCUCCCUGGAACCAAUGCCACGUUGCCUGAGUUGUGUGUGCAGGAAGGGUGGGCACGGGUCCGUGAGGAGGCUGGCAAGCGGGGUGACGAAUCCGAUGAGGCAUUGGUGUUGCUCGACAACCUGAGGGCAUUGGAGGCUCAGGCUAAGGCUAAUGGGAAGGGCGUCUGGGCUGGCGCAGAAAAGGGCAGGAUUGAAACCGAAUAUGAGGUGGCGGACCCCAAGGCGUUGGUGGACGAGUACAAGGACCGCCAGAUCGAUGCGGUCGUGGAGCGUGUGCUCAAUGGGGACCGGCUACUUAUCCGCCUGUUGCUCGCCCCUGACCGUCAUCUGCAGACCUUGAUUGCCAUCGCAGGCAUUCGAGCCCCGGCCGCUAGGCGCGUAGGUGCGGAUGGCAAAGAACAGCCGGCAGAGCCCUUUGGGGACGAGGCACACCAGUUCGUCGAAGCCAGGCUGUUGCAGCGUAAGGUAAAGGUGUCCCUACUCGGUGUCACCCCUCAGGGUCAACUGAUCGGCACGGUGCUCCAUCCCAACGGAAAUAUCGCCAAAUUCUUACUGGAAGCCGGUUUGGCACGCUGCUUUGACCACCACUCCACCCUGCUGGGCGCGGAGAUGGCGAGCUUCCGCCAAGCGGAGAAGGUGGCCAAGGAUGCCAGGAGAGGACUUUUCACGGGACACGUCGCGUCCAAGGGUCCUGCGGGCACUACAGAUACCGAUUACGUCGUCAGCCGUAUUCUCAACGCCGACACUAUCUUCCUGAGAAACAAGGCUGGGGUCGAAAAGAAGGUCAGCCUGAGCAGCAUCCGGCAGCCCAAGCCGUCUGAUCCCAACCAAGCGCCCUUCGCGGCCGACGCCAAGGAGUUCCUGCGGAAGAAGAUAAUCGGCAAACACGUCAAAGUCACCAUUGAUGGUAAGAAGCCGGCAACAGAGGGAUAUGAAGAAAGAGAGGUGGCCACCGUUAUCCAAGGCAACACGAACAUCGCCCUCUAUCUGGUCGAGGCUGGUUAUGCAUCAGUCAUCCGUCAUCGACAAGACGACGAGGACCGGUCUCCCGAGUAUGAUGCUCUACUGGCAGCGGAGGAAGCAGCCAAGAAGGAGGGCAAGGGUAUGUGGUCAUCGAAGCCUCCCAAGGUGAAGCAAUACCAAGACUACUCCGAGAACCUGCAGAAGGCCAAGUUGGAGGUGUCAAUCCUACAGCGGCAAAAGCGGGUUCCUGCCAUCGUUGACUUUGUCAAAUCGGCCUCUCGUUUCACGCUCCUGAUACCGCGGGAAAAUGCAAAAUUGACCUUUGUUCUCUCGGGAAUCCGUGCUCCUAAGUCCGCUCGGAAUCCGGGGGAGACGUCAGAGCCCUUCGGACAGGAGGCACACGAGUUUGCGAACCGGAGAUGCAUGCAACGAGAUGUAGAGAUCGACGUCGAGACUCUCGACAAGGUUGGCGGCUUCAUCGGCACUAUGUACGUGAACCGGGAGAACUUCGCCAAGGUCCUGGUCGAGGAAGGUCUGGCCACGGUCCAUGCUUACUCUGCUGAGCAAUCUGGCCACGCAGCAGAGUUGCUCGCUGCGGAGAGGAAGGCGAAGGAGGCACGGAAGGGACUAUGGCAUGACUGGGACCCGAGUAAGGACGUCGACGAAGACGAGGAGCUGCCGGCCAACGGCAGCAACGGGGUCGAGGGCAAUGGUGAUGCAACCGCAACGCGACGCAGGGACUAUCGCGAUGUGAUGAUCACGCACAUCGACCCGGAAAGCGGCAAGUUGAAGCUGCAGCAGAUUGGGGAGGGCACGUCCGCGCUGACGGAGCUGAUGAAUGCCUUCCGGGCAUUCCACCUUAACAAGGCGAACGAUAAACCGCUGCCGGGCCCUCCCAAGGCCGGUGAUUUGGUGGCAGCACGCUUUACCGAGGACGAUGAGUGGUAUCGGGCCAAGAUCCGGCGGAACGACCGCGAGAAGCAGCAGGCGGAGGUCGUGUAUAUUGACUACGGCAACUCCGAAGUGAUUCCCUGGUCCCGCCUGCGACCUCUCACACAGCCGCAGUUCUCCGUGCAGAAGUUGAAACCCCAGGCCUCGGACGCGGUGUUGUCUUUCUUACAAUUCCCCACGUCCGCCGACUAUCUCGCAGAUGCCGUGCAGUUCAUCGGAGAGCAGACCUUUAACCGAGAGCUGGUUGCCAAUGUAGACUUCGUGUCUCAGGAAGGGACGCUGCAUAUCACGCUCCUCGACCCAGCAGUGUCCAAGAGCCUGGAGCAGAGCAUCAAUGCGGAUGUGGUGCGGGAGGGUCUGGCGAUGGUGCCGCGGAAGCUCAAGGCGUGGGAGCGAGCCGCUGGCGAAACGCUGGCCCAUCUGCGGAAGCUGGAGGAGGAAGCCAAGGAGAACCGCCGUGGCAUGUGGGAGUAUGGAGACUUGACGGAGGACUGA